AUUCAGCUCUGUCGUUUCGUUGACUGUCAAACAAGCCUAAAAAGCCAAACCCAACACCAUUAUCCACCCAACUCACAAUCACAUUUAAUUUAACAAAUCCCUUCUUAAACCAUUUCUCUCUCCAUCCCCCCCCUUUAAUUACAAAACCCCCAUUUCUAUACCCAAAUUUCACAAGAUUCCACCGUCUUCUUCGUUUCUAAGAACACCCACUUCCACAAAUCCUCUUGUUUCGAGUUCAUCGGUUACUUUUUUAGAUAAGCAAUUAGAUUCGGAGUUACGACGUGACGUUGUAAGGAUAUUGCUGCAUAUAUAUUGUAGCGAAUGGCAUCCGUAAGCGUCGUUCCGGCUCCUGUGAUAAGAGACCGUGGUGGAAGUACAAUUGGUGUUGACAGGUUGCCUGAUGAGAUGAAUGAUAUGAAGCUUAGGGAUGAUAAGGAAAUCGAAGCGACUGUUGUUGAUGGAAACGGUACUGAAACAGGGCAUAUAAUUGUAACGACCAUUGGUGGAAAGAAUGGCCAACCGAAACAGACUAUCAGUUACAUGGCUGAGCGUGCGGUAGGACAUGGUUCUUUUGGAGUUGUAUUUCAGGCAAAAUGUUUAGAAACGGGUGAAACGGUUGCGAUUAAGAAGGUUCUUCAGGACAAGAGGUACAAGAAUAGGGAACUGCAGACCAUGCGUCUUCUAGACCAUCCAAAUGUUGUGUCCUUGAAGCACUGUUUCUUCUCGACGACUGAGAAGGACGAGCUUUAUCUCAAUCUUGUUCUUGAGUAUGUUCCAGAGACCGUUCAUCGAGUGAUCAAACAUUAUAACAAGAUGAAUCAAAGGAUGCCGUUGAUAUACGUGAAACUCUAUUUUUAUCAGAUUUGCAGAUCUCUUUCGUACAUUCAUAAUAGUAUUGGAGUAUGCCACAGAGACAUAAAACCUCAAAACUUACUGGUUAAUCCACACACCCACCAACUCAAACUCUGCGACUUCGGCAGUGCGAAAGUCUUGGUUAGAGGCGAACCGAAUAUAGCCUACAUCUGUUCUAGGUACUAUCGAGCACCUGAACUUAUAUUUGGUGCGACCGAGUACACCACAGCCAUCGACAUCUGGUCAGCUGGUUGUGUUCUAGCUGAACUACUUCUCGGACAGCCGCUAUUUCCUGGUGAAAGCGGAGUCGAUCAGCUCGUUGAAAUAAUCAAGGUUCUGGGAACCCCAACCAGAGAGGAAAUUAAGUGUAUGAACCCUAAUUACACUGAAUUCAAGUUUCCCCAAAUCAAAGCUCAUCCAUGGCACAAGAUAUUCCAUAAGAGAAUGCCUCCAGAAGCCGUGGAUCUCGUUUCGAGACUACUUCAGUACUCUCCGAACCUUCGAAGCACAGCGUUGGAGGCUUUGAUUCAUCCAUUCUUCGAUGAACUCCGUGACCCGAACACCCGUCUACCAAACGGACGUUUCCUUCCGCCGUUGUUCAACUUCAAGGCUCAUGAAUUGAAGGGAGUACCGCCCGAGAUGCUCGUGAGGCUUAUUCCCGAACACGCAAGGAAACACUGCAAUUUUCUCGGGUUGUAAUGCAGAGACACAUAAAAGCCUGUAGAAAGUAGUAGCUAGCAUUAAAUUACAAAGGGAAGCCCCUAUUAUUCGUUACUCGAGCCCAUGCCCCUAUUAUUUUUUCAUAUCGGUAGUCACCCUCGUCAUUGUCGUCGUCGUUUUCCCCUGUAGAAAUCAGGUUGAGAGAAGGUUCUGCUUGGUAUGUUCUUAAUACCAUGAUGGAUAACACAACAGCCCUUGAUCUGUAGUUGACAAACAGAUUGUAAUUCCUUGUUGAUUAUGAACAUAACCUUAGAAUAUGCUAAAGCAAUUUUGGCACCGAUCAAUCACCAUUUUGCAGCAAA